UUCCAGGCUAACCCCGACUACCAGAUGAGCGGCGACGACACUCAGCACAUCCAGCAGUUCUAUGAUCUCUUGACCGGCUCCAUGGAGAUCAUCCGAGGGUGGGCAGAAAAAAUCCCCGGCUUCACCGAUCUCCCCAAAACGGACCAGGACCUGCUCUUCGAGUCCGCCUUCCUGGAGCUCUUCGUGCUGCGGCUGGCUUCCAGGUCAAAUCCGGUGGAGGGCAAGCUCAUCUUCUGCAACGGGGUGGUCCUGCACCGGUUGCAGUGCGUCGAGUGGAUCGAUUCCAUUGUGGAAUUCUCCUCCAACCUGCAAAACAUGAACAUCGAUAUCUCUGCCUUCUCCUGCAUCGCUGCCCUGGCCAUGGUCACAGAGAGGCACGGGCUUAAAGAACCCAAGAGGGUGGAAGAACUUCAGAACAAGAUUGUAAAUUGUCUCAAAGACCAUGUGACUUUUAAUAACGGGGGGCUGAAUCGCCCCAACUAUUUGUCCAAACUCUUGGGGAAGCUCCCCGAACUCCGCACGCUUUGCACGCAGGGGCUGCAGCGCAUUUUCUACCUGAAACUGGAGGAUUUGGUGCCACCGCCAGCAAUAAUCGACAAACUUUUUCUGGACACUUUACCUUUUUAA